CUAAAUGCUUCAGCAGACAAGCGGCACAGAGGAGCAGAGAAGACGUGUGCUCGCAUGUGGAGCAAACUUCAAGAGCUCCUUUUCAGCUUGACAAACUGAUCCUGCAUUUCAGAGCAGUGGAGCUGCUGUUUGCACUACAGGAGAGCCGGCAAAAUGCUUCCAUCUGUGAUAGUGGUGCUCACGUUCCUUUCUUGCGCCUCUGGAGAAAACCCUGCGAUGCAAGUCAUCCUGACCAACAAAGGACUACAGUAUGGAAAGCAUGCAGGAGCAGGACUGAUUCAGGACAAGCUGGAGAACAUGACUCUGCCGGACAUCACGGGUGACGUCGACAUCAAAAUUGGCAAAGUACACUACACACUAACAGGCACCACCAUAACAAAGUGUGACUUUCCCGAGCCUUCCGUUGAGUUCUUUAACGCCACAGGAUUUAAGACGUCCACCUCAGGCCUCAGUGUUGCACUAGCAGGCGAGUGGAGGACACGCUUUGGAAUAAUACAUGAUGGAGGAUCCUUCAAUAUGGCUAUAUUUAGUGUGGAUGUGACCUCUGUGGUGCAGCUGGGGAGAGAUUCUAACGGGCAUCUGUCCAUCACCAGCAUGAGCUGCGAUGCUGUGGUUGGAGAUGUGGACAUACAGUUUCACGGUGGAGCCAGCUGGAUCAUCCAGCGCUUCGUGCACCAUUUCAAGGGGAAAAUCAAAGGAAAAAUGGAGAGCAAUAUCUGCCCUGCAGUGACUGAAUCUAUUGAAAAAUUGGAGUUCCAUCUGCAGGCCAUGAACGUUUCCUUUGAUGUGAAUGAAGUUCUUUAUCUUGACCUUCCUCUCACUGGCUUACCGCUCAUUGAUGCUUCAAGGCUGAAUUUAGGCCUUAAGGGAGAGUUCUACAGCAUCAAAACCCCGACGGAGCCCCCGUUUAAGCCCCAGCCCUUCACCAUGCCCGAGCAGCCGGCGUACAUGUUGUCAGUGGGUGUGUCUGAAUUCACCCUGAACUCUGCCUCUUUUGGAUACUACUCAGCUGGCCUGCUGCAGGUCCUCAUCGAUGACAGCAUGAUACCUCCAUCUUCUCCUGUGCACCUGAACACAACCUCAAUGGGAGUAUUUAUUCCCCAGCUUCCCAAGAAGUUUCCAGAUCUGCUGAUGAAGCUGCAGGUUUAUGCCAAAGAGGCUCCGCUGUUUUCCUUCCAGUCCGGUGCUGCUAAACUCAGCGCUCAGAUCGAUGUGAAGGCCUUCGCCAUUGAGCCAAAUAGCACCCAGAUUCCACUGUUCAAACUCGGUGUUGACUCAAAGUUCAACAGUAAAUGGUGGUUUGCGGAUGAAACACUGAAGGGCUCCGUGGCGCUGGAUAAUAUUACGUUGACCCUGGAAUCAACUGAAGUGGGAGACUUUAAGGUUGAUGGUUUGCAAAAGACGCUGAGCAUGGCGAUGAAGGUGGCAGUUUUGCCAAAACUGAACGGCGAACUGGGCAAAGGUAUUGCUUUACCCAGAAUGAAACAUGCACAGCUGGUCAACUCAGUUCUGAAAAUGGAAGAGGGCUUUAUGACCGUCUCUUCGGACGCUAAGUUGUUGAUGGAAGACACAAGAUUCAACUGACAAACGUGAAAGACUGGCGCUCUUCUUCUCAAACUUUAAGCCACUGAUUAAACUGAAUGUGUCUGUACCUGCCACCACACGGCAAAAAUGGAAGUUUUUUAAAAAUGAUCAAGAAGCCUUGCUAUGCAGUACAUCAUUACCAGCUCAUAUAAUCUUCACACAUACAACCUUCAUGUCCAAUCAUUAAGUCAUGAAACCUACUGUUCAACUCGAUAAAUGUUUAUGACGUGGCUAUGCACUGCCUAUAAUCUAUUUCUUACUGCUUAAUAAUGAAUAAAGUUUUAUAUUUUGCCAAGU